UUCUGGCCCGAUGCCGUCCGUAUCAAAACCAAGCCCAUUAUCGGUUUAUUUGUAGAGCUUCACAAACACAGUUGAAAAACACACUGUAUGCGCGCUUUCUCGUGCCCUAAUCUAAAUCAAAGUUCUCCAGGUUGAGAUUCAGAAGUUGAUAGUUGAAGCAUGAGGAAGUUAAAAUUUCAUGAGAAGAAAUUGCUGAAGAAAGUUAAUUUUUUGGAUUGGAAGAGAGAAGGUGGUCAUCGUGAAACCCAUGUCACGCAACGUUACCAUCUUACUGCACGAGAUGAUUAUAAGAAGUACAAUAGCAUAUGUAGAAUGGUGCAAAAGCUGGUGAAUAUAUUGAAACAGAUGGACCAAAGGGACCCAGAACGUAUUCAGAUGACAGCCUCCCUUUUGGAGAAGUUGUAUAAUAUGGGUGUUAUACCAUCCAGAAAAGAUUUAAAUUUAUGCAAGAACCUGUCUGUCUCCUCAUUUUGUCGCCGUAGGCUCUCAACCAUUUUGGUACGGUUAAAGUUUGCUGAACAUCUUAAAGAAGCUAUUACAUAUAUAGAGCAGGGCCAUGUCCGAGUGGGUCCAGAGACAGUGACAGAUCCAGCAUUUCUUGUAACUAGAAAUAUGGAAGACUUUGUUACCUGGGUGGAUACUUCCAAGAUAAGGAGAAAAGUGCAGGAAUACAAUGGGCAGCUUGAUGAUUAUGAUGCGAUGAACUGAAUUGUUCAGAAUAAUUUAUAUUAGCAACUAUCGCUUCGGGAAUUUUUUUAUUAGUGACCUUUAUUAGCUCGUUAUGGUUGAACUAAAUUUUGUUUUCCAAUUUCUAUGAGCAUUGAAAUAUGUUGUAGCUCGUGCAUUGGGAACAUUGUUUACCAAACAUUUAUCACUUACAAUCCUGUGGCAUAACGAGUUUAGAAUGCUAUGUUUGACUUUCAUUAGUUGGAUGAUGAAAGCAUGUUAAGUGUA